UGAAAUUAAAAUAUAAAGAAAACAUAAAUUUAAUCAUCCAAUUAGGGGUCUCAUUCAAUACAAUAACCAACUUCCAGUAAGCAAAUGAAUGGUCGAUCCUUUUGACAUCAGCAAAGAAAACCUACACUAGCUAGCAAGGAAACCAACCAUCACAAAGACAAGAAACUAUCCAUUAAUUUGUCUGAUAUAUCACUGGUUGGGAAUUACGUUUAAUCAUUUUAAUUCCCACAAAUUCUAUUAUAAAUAAUAUAUGCAUCAUCAGUUAAUGAGUUGAGUCUCAUCCACUUCUCCUGCCGUUAAAUAAUCACAUGAUCAUAGUCAUUAUGAGUUAUCCUCAGCAGCCUCUUCACCACCCAAUGCACAUAACGUUUUUUAUUUUUCAUUUUAUGAACCAAUCACCUCACCAUCUAUAUAAAAACCUUCAUUCGUAUCAAUCUCUUACUCAUCCACAAUAAUCAAAAUCAAAAUGGCAGCUUACACAACUUUCAAGCUCUUUCUUCUCACAGCUCUUCUAACCUUGACUAUGCCAUUCUUAGCCACAAGUGCUCGACCUUUGAAUCCUAACCUAAUUCGGUCGAACCCGAACCUCGCAGCCAGGUUGAAUUUGGGUGAAGAAUCUUCCAACUGUUGGGACUCUUUGUUUCAACUCCAGGCAUGUUCUGGUGAGGUUGUCAUGUUUUUUCUGAAUGGUGAGACUUACUUGGGUCACAGCUGCUGUGAAGCCAUUCGGACCAUUGAGCAUCAGUGUUGGCCUGCCUUACUUGGCACGCUAGGGUUUACCGCGGAAGAGACUGAUGUACUCAAGGGUUACUGCGAUGAAGCCAAUCAUGUCAAAUCCCCGCCGGCAAAUCCACCAUCACCACCUUCAAUUCAUGAUCCUAUAAAUGUAAAAGUUGUUCCUAAUUUGGAGAAGUUGGUCCCUUGAAGAAUUUGAGAUCUUCAAUCAAUAAGAAUAACGCAUGGGGUCUCUAGCCACGCUAGUUACUUAAUUAGUAGGGUCUAUGUUGUUCA